GAAAAAUGGAGGUUGAAAUUUCUCUGAGAUGUUUGUCUAUAAAUGAUGAGCCUCUAACUCGGAAAGAUCCCAUAUAUUGAUGCGGUGGGUGAAGACUUUGGACAUGACUACUGUCCAAAUCUCAAGCAAGUCAGUCGUCCACUAAUUUCCACAGUUCAUUCCAUUAUUCCACGUUGGAAGGAAUCUAUUGAUAACCCACCAAUAGCAAGAAGUGGCCGGUGAUGCAUAUAACUAGCAGCAAAAUAGCAUUCAUGGCAUAAGUCUUGUAAGUGGGGGGAAAAAAGAGUGAUUAUUAAUUACCAAGAUGAGUUGUUCUAAAGCAUGUUUACUCUUUGCUGCUGCAGUAGUAGUUCUUCAUCAGCUGUGCUUCUUUACUGCUACAACUACUACUGUCGUUGCCGCAUCUGGAAUCCUUCUCAGUAAUGACACAGAUCGCAUGGCAUUGUUGGAGUUCAAGUCCAUGAUUGUUAGUGACCCUUUGGGAGCUCUAACCUCAUGGAAUGAUUCCACCCACUUCUGUCAGUGGUAUGGUGUGUCCUGUACCGAAAGACAUGACAGAGUCACAAUCAUAGACCUGCGUUCUCAAAAGCUUACAGGCUCUAUCUCACCACACAUUGGCAAUCUCAGCUUCUUGAAGAAGCUGAUUCUUUACAACAACAGCUUCAGCAAGGGGAUUCCUCCUGAAAUCGGCCGCCUUCGCAGAUUGCAGCGUUUGUCGCUCUUCAACAACUCACUUGACGGCGAAAUCCCAUCAAACAUCUCAGGUUGCUCUGCGCUAACCCUCUUCCAUGUAAUGAAUAACAAACUGACCGGACAGCUGCCAUGGCAGAUGGGAUCCUUGAAAAAGCUCCAAAUUUUCUAUGGUGAUUACAACGAUCUAACGGGAAGAAUUCCUCCCUCAUUUAGCAACCUAUCAUCUCUCCAGAUCUUUGUAGCAGCAACCAACCGUUUGAGUGGGGAAGUUCCUGAUGCUCUCUGUCAAUUGAAGAAUCUUCAGGUUCUAGUUUUGCAGUUCAACAUGUUAUCUGGUGAAAUCCCUGAUUGCAUUUGCAACCUAUCUUCUCUCACAACACUAUACUUUGGAUACAAUCAACUCCAUGGCAUUCUUCCUAGAAACCUAGGAAUAUCACUCCUGAACCUUGUGGAACUAGAUGCAGGUUCUAACCAUUUUACCGGCAGAGUUCCAUCUUCCUUAUCCAAUGCCUCAAAUUUGGUAUUACUUCAACUACAAGACAACAAUUUCACCGGGAGCAUGCCUAGUAUGGGAAGCUCUCACAAUCUUGUUCACUUGACCAUCGACAGCAACUCUCUUGGAAGUGGGAAUGCUGAUGAUUUGAGCUUCCUCUCCUCUUUGACCAAUGGCAGCAGCUUGCAAGUCUUGAUCAUUCACCGCAAUAACUUUGGAGGCAGCUUAACAAACUUAAUUGGCAACUUCCCGACAAGCUUGGAGGAGCUAAGCCUAAGUGCAAACAAAUUCUCAGGAAGCAUUCCGAGUGGAAUACAGAACCUUGUCAAUUUGCAGAGGUUUUCGGCAUCUGAAAACGACCUAUCAGGUACAAUACCAUCCAAUAUUGGGAUCAUGAAAACUCUGCAGUGGUUAAAUCUGGAGAGCAACAACAUUUCAGGAUCUAUUCCAUCAUCUAUUGGAGCAUUGACUGAAUUGCUUAUAUUGACCUUGAGUAAUAACAGUCUACAGGGAGAGAUUCCUGCUGUUAUUGGGAAUUGUCAAAAACUGAUAGGUUUGGACCUUUCAUACAACAAUCUUAAUGGUGUCAUUCCCCCACAAGUUAUGAGUCUUUCAUCCUUGUCAAAGUUCAUGGAUUUAUCUUAUAAUAAUUUCAGUAGUGCCCUUCCGAUUGAAGUGGGGAGACUUAAAAACUUGGGUUUUUUGGAUCUCUCUCAUAAUAUGUUAUCAGGGGAAAUACCAAAUAGUGUUGGUAGUUGUAUGGUAAUGGAGACACUGAAGCUGCAAGGCAAUCUCUUUCAUGGAACCAUUCCUUCUUCUCUGAGUUCGCUGAGAGGGAUUCAACGAUUAGAUGUCUCAAGCAAUAACUUAUCAGGUCAGAUUCCAGAAUUCUUGGGGAGCAUGAAGAUGUUGCAGCUUUUGAAUUUGUCUUAUAACAACUUCGAAGGCCAAGUACCAGUAAGUGGAGUAUUCAAGAAUGCCAGCAUAAUUUCCACUGUGGGAAAUAGCAAACUCUGCGGUGGUGUGGUUGAACUUAAUCUUCCACCCUGUAACUUCAAACACCUAAAGAAGCAGACAUCGAGUCUGAGCCUUAGGAUGAAGAUUCUCAUAUCAGUAAUCUCCAGUUUACUUUUCUUGACCUGCAUGUGUUCUUGCUUGCUUAUCCUUUGGAUAAAAAAGAGAGGAAAGCAGGAUGCAAUUUCAGCUAACGACUCACAACUGCAAUUGUCUUACCACAACCUCUAUAAAGCUACUGAUGGUUUCUCCAUAUCAAAUUUGAUUGGCGUUGGUAGUUUCGGUUCUGUGUACAGAGGCGUCCUCGACAUGAAUAGGAUUGGAACCACCAUUGCUGUGAAGGUGUUCAAACUUCAACGUCAUGGAGCUAUCAAGAGUUUUAUGGCAGAAUGUACAGCCUUAAGGAACAUCAGACACAUAAAUCUUGUGAGGAUACUAACAGUGUGUUCGGGAGUUGAUUAUCAAGGGAAUGACUUCAAGGCUCUCAUUUAUGAGUUGUUGGCUAAUGGUAGCCUGGAAGAUUGGCUGCAUCCGGUGGAAAGUGGAGACGAGCCUCGAAGAAGAUUGAAUUUCCUCCAAAGGCUAAAUAUUGCUAUCGAUGUAGCUUAUGCAGUGGAUUAUCUUCACCACCAAUGUGGUACACCCAUGGUUCACUGUGAUCUCAAGCCUAGCAAUGUACUUCUAGACGAGGACAUGAGAGGCCAUGUUAGUGAUUUUGGGUUGGCAAGAUUACUUACAUCAAUUGCAAGUCCUUCUCCAACUACCCAGACAUCAAGCUCCAUUGGCAUAAAAGGAACGGUUGGCUAUGCUCCUCCUGAAUACGGUAUGGGAAAUGAAAACUCAAUACAAGGCGACGUAUACAGCUAUGGAGUGCUCUUGCUCGAGCUUUUCACUGGAAAGAGACCGACGGAUGAGACUUUCAACGAAGGCUGGAACAUUCAUGGAUUUGUCAGAAGUGCAUUGUCGGAUAAGUCGAUUGCAGAAGUUGUGGAUCCAAUUUUUCUCAAUGAAUUUCUUCUUGAUCAGACUACAACCCAUUGCAAUAACAUUAGAAGCAGCAAUAGCUCAGAGGAAACCAUCAACAUGAAGGGCCAAAUACUAAAGGAGGUUUUGAUCUCUAUUCUUGAAAUCGGUGUUGUUUGUUCUUCAGACGUACCACAUGAGAGAAUUAGUAUUAGUGACGUUGCUACUAGGCUCGUCACUGUACGAAAGCUUCUGAUUAGUGAAGCGAUAUGACGCUUUGCAGUACGAAUGCAUGCGAUGACAUGGGGCUUACAGUUUACCAAUCUACGCGUGAAGACUCGGAUCGAUAUGCUAUGGCUGCAUGCCCUAGUUAGUUCAUUUCCCAUUACCUAGUUUAGCGGAGCAGUAGUAUAUAUAAGCUAAGCAAGCAUUCGUAGCUAGCAUGCUUCGUGAUCUGAGUAUAACCACAAACUAUUAUCAGCUUUAGUUUCCUACGUGUUUUGCAUAAAGCAACUGCAGUGCGCCUGUGCUCUAAAAGAGUGAUUGUAGUACCAUAAUAAGAACAACAAAAGAGUGAUCAAUGAUCAUUAUUACCCAAGAUGAGUACUCGUUCGGGAUCUUGGUUGUAAUUUGCAGCUGUAGUAGUACUAGUACUACUUCACUUCGUUGCUGCUGCUAUUACUGCUGCCUUCUAUCCUUCUCCUCUAUAGAAGAUAAAGAGAACGCCACUCUUUGCCUUCUCCACUCGAACAACAGCUAUUACUGCUGCUAUUACUUCUUCACUUCUUUGUUGCUCUUACAUCAAUUCUCAAUUUUGGUGUUGUUUGUUCUUUAGAUUCCCCACACGACGUUGUAGCUAAGCUUAUCUCUCUAAGAAUGUGACUUUCUUAAUAAUUAUGCUUGGAGACA